GACAUGAUAGGGAAUCUUAUGAGUUAGGAAAGCUUUCCAAAUCAAAUAUUAUAAUAAUAAAUUUAAUUAUAGAAUGUCUAUAGGAGUUUUGAUGGAGCAGAUUCAAGAAUUAGAGUAUUAUUUAUAUAUAUAUAUAUAGAUGGAUCAUAUUUUAAAAGUUCAAUCCUAGUUUAUCAAAUGCUUAAAUAAUCUUAUACGCCAUUAAAAUAAUAAGAAAAAAUAGAAUAUAUUAGUGUUGCCUUACUAGGGGACUCAUUUAUAUGUAUAAUAGAUAUUAAAAUUUAUUCAGGUUCACUUUAAAGAUGAAAUAAAUCUUAAAAAAGCAAAAGUGUUUGAAUCCACUGAUAGUACUUUUGGGCAGUUUUCUUUCUUAAAACCUCAGAUGCCAUUUAUUCCUUGUAAUACAAUAUUUAUAUUUAGUUUCGCCUUACUAAACUAUAGCUCCUCAUUAUUCAUAAGAAAUGGCAUUUUAGAGAAUGAAUCCUAUAAUGCAGAGUCAGGACAGGUUUAUAGCUUAGCCCAAAUAAACCAACCAACAAACUAAUCAUUUCAAAGUGAAAGACAAAUUUAUCGUAUUUUCGGGAAAACCAGAAGAAUCACAAUCAAUUCAUUCGGAUGAAUAAGAUGAAGAUGAAAAGCAAUCGGAUCAUUCAUUUUCAAUCAAAAAAAAGAAGAAAAUCAGUAAAGUGAAUGAUACUAAAAAUAUUACCAAAAAUUUUUCGAAGGCCAUUAUCAGUUACAUCACUCAAAAUAAAGAUAUCGGGUUGAAACUAUUAGACCCAAGGGAAUUUGAAGACUUUUUAUAAAUAUUGAAGGAGAAAAAAAACAAGAUGACAAAUAUCUAAUAAUUAAGAGAACUGUGGGUUGAUUGUGAGGAUGAUAAAUUAAAAUAAUUUAAUAAGACUUUUAGAAUUUUCAGGUAAAACAAUAACAUUUAACUUAAUAGUUAAUACUUCCUAAGGUAGCAAUCAGUGGCAUACAUCUAUAAUUCUCGAAUCAUGAAUACAGGUUGGCACUUAAAAUAUAGAUAUAAUUUGCUUCGAGCACUACGAGAACCCCAAAACUUCAAAUACAUUAAGGAUAUUUGA